ACGUUUACAAGCAUAAUGCUAAUUCUUAGGCUAGCUAACAGUCCCAUAUUUCUCACAGCCUACCGUUACAGAGCAACAUUAUCAAUCACAUUGUUGUGUCCACUUGACCAACAUAAGUCCCAAAUGCUCUAUCUUUAAGCUCUCUUACCAUCUUCUGAGGGAAAUAUCUGUCUCUUUGGCUGCUAAACAUUUUUGCCACUAUGUUUAUCAGCUCCCUUUGACUCCUGCUGAACAUGUAAAGUACAGUGGCUUUUUACAGCUUUUCCCCUGAUAACGGCGCAGUAUUCACUUUCAAAGGCGUACGCAUGCAGGUUAUCUAUGUAGAAGUAUUUGAGUUGUAAUGAUUCUCUAUCUGUACCUUUCAGAUAACAAUGAGUCAGGCAGCAAGCCAAAAUGGAAAAGCCUCCUUUUUGACUACCAGAACAUGAGUGACACAUAUCUCAGCCUAACAGCAGCAAACAAGGACCUGCGAAGAGACAAGGAACUCCUGAAGGAGCAGAGCGCCUGGCUGCACGAACAAACCAAAUCCCUCAACAGAACUUCAGCUAAUCUGAUGUCUGGUAAUAUCGCUUUGAGUUUGGAAAGCAGCCAUUUUAGGGAGCAGAUUGUGAAUCUAACUUCCACAAAUUCACAACAAGCAGAAGAACACUUGCGGUUGGUGCAGUACACAUCUGAUCUUAAGGGGAAUAAACUAAACAUGUCUCAAACUAUCACACUUCUGAUGGACUCCAACACUCAGCAAAAGGAGGAGGGACACCGACUCUUUCAGAUGAACAGCCUUCUGAGGGAAGAGCUCACUCAAUUAAAGGAUAAUACUCAAGAAAUUCUGGAAAUAAACAACAACUUUGAAAGGGAAGUUAAGAAUCUGAGUGAGCAGAUUGGAGCUUUGAUGAACGACGACUGUGAGAAGGCAUCAAAAGACAACAUGCAGCUCGUGGAGAGAUCAACUGAGCUUCAAGAACAAAACCAGAACCUGAGCAGAGUGUUAAUGAAAGAAAAGCAGGAAGCUGCAAUGCAAGAGGAAACCAGGCAAGACGAGAUGGAGCGAAUGAUGGCGCACAUGCAUUCAAUAAAUGAGGCUUUCCACUCCCUAGACCUCUACUGCCCUGUGGCAAAUCACGAUACAAAAGAACGAAUUUGCAAAAAGUGUCAGGAGAGCUGGAGACUGUUUGAGGCCAAGUGCUACUACAUCUCCUCCCGCAGGCUCACCUGGAGUUCCAGCAGAGACUGGUGCCAGACACAGGCGGGUGACCUGCUCAUCAUUAACAGUGAACCAGAACAGAGUUUUGUUUCGGAAAGCAGCAAGGCUCUGGAGCCGAGCAGCAGCCGACUGUGGAUGGGUCUGACAGACGCAGAGGAGGAGGGGGUGUGGAGAUGGGUGGAUGGCAGCCUGGUUACUUCAGAUGAGCAGUACUGGCUGAGCAGAGAGGGGCUGGAGACUGAGCCUGAUGACUGGAAGCUGGAAGACCCUCUGGGAGAAGACUGUGGACACAUGGACAUCAGUGAAGACAAACUGCACUCCUGGAUGGAUGGUUCCUGUAAGACACCUUAUAGAUGGAUCUGUGAAAAGAAUGUUUAAAAAUCCAAGAACACUUUUGUUUUCUAAUUUAAAAUGUUUAUAUGAACGAAAAACAAUACUAUAUCUAUUGAACGUACAUUCUGCUAUGCAUACACUGAUAGGUGGUAGAAUAUGUUGUCUUUCAAAAAUAAAACAAUUAUCAGUAUCCAGAGUCCAGUUGUACAGUGCUAUAUUGCAGGAAAUAAAGACAGUACUAUCUACAAAGAAUAGUUUGUAUUUGUUAUUUUUUUAUUUCAGAUUUUAGUAUGUUAAUUUGUGUAACAGGCUAUUAUCUUUCUUAACUAAUAAUAAACAUCAUAAAGUUGCAGCA